AUGAGUGCUCUCUUCCUGAUGUCCAUGAUCUUUUGCCUUCUAUGUGGGCAAACAAUGUCACUUUGUGUUCCUCAUGAGUAUACAAUACACAUCGAAAAGAGAGAAUGUGCUUUUUGCCUAACCAUCAACACCACCAUCUGUGCUGGAUACUGCAUGACACGGGAUAUUAAUGGCAAGCUGUUUCUUCCCAAGUAUGCGCUGUCACAAAAUGUUUGUACAUAUGGAGAUUUCAUCUACAGGACUGUAGAAAUACCAGGAUGCCCACACCAUGUAACUCCCUACUUCUCCUACCCUGUUGCCUUAAGCUGCAAGUGUGGCAAGUGUAAUACAGACUAUAGUGACUGUAUCCAUGAGGGCAUCGAUGAAAACUACUGUACCAAACCUCAGAAAUCCUAUGUAGUGGAGUUUUCUCUCUGA